AUGGCUCAUUACGGCAUUCAGGCGGCCGUCACCGCCAAGACUCUGUCCAAACGCUCGCCACAAGUGGAGAAGGCUGUCGUCGACUGGGUUUACGAGACAAUCGGAGAACCGGUUCCUGAGGGCAGCUUCGAGGACGUGCUUCGCGAUGGAGUAGCUCUUUGUAAACUCAUCAAUAAACUCAAACCCGGAGCCGUUGAUAAGAUCGCGACCGGUGGCAGUGGUUACGUGCUGAUGGAGAACAUCAACAAGUUCAUCAAGGCCGCCCAAGACUAUGGCGUAGCCCACGACCAGCUCUUCCGGACCGUCGAUUUAUACGAGAAGAAGAACAUCCCUGAAGUGACGGGUGGUAUCAUAGCUGUGGCCCGAAUCGUGUCCGGAAAGGCUGACUACACCGGCCCUCAACUCGACAAAUGGGUGUUCGCUAACAACUAAUUCAAUAUAAUUAUUAUAAUUAUAAUAAUAAUGUUUUACUCAAUUAUACUUUGAUUACAAACAUUCAUUGAAAUCGUUAUACUUUUUGGCAUCACUUUUGGAAGUAAACUAUGUUUUGUUUUAUUUAUUUUUAUUAAUAUCUCAAAAGCAAUACGACUAUAAUUUUAAAAAACUAUUUAUAUCUGUUAUUUGAAAAUACAAUUCUAUCUUAUAUUUAAGAUCUAAAUGCUUUGAAUAAUAAGUUUAAACAUAUUUAUUGUUAAAUAAAUGAUCUUUGAAAACCAAUCUAUACACACACUUGUUGUGAAUUUUACAGUAAAUCAAUCUUUUAAAUGAAUAAAGUGUUUAAAACUUUAA